CUCACUUCCGCUUUCAUGUCGCUGAGGACUGAUGCGAUUGGUGCACCUCCAACAAAAUGUGACCAUGAUCACUGCGUGUCCAAAAGUCAUGGAUCGGUUUUUGUUUAUCCUUCCAAAGCCCACAAAACAAGUGCGACAGUCUGCGUCAUAGGCAGUUCACGGACUUUAAGAUAAGCUUGGCAAUGUCACACUGAUUCCGGAGACUAGAAUCCUAUCUCUUAAGGAGUCCACUGUUGUCUGAAUCGCUUUAUUCUAAGAUGGGCUCCAGACCAGGUGAAAUGGCAGCCUUGGAGUCUGGCUUUACAGCGUGUCUUCUGGGUGGGACCUCCUCGCCCGUUGGAACGCGUCGUCACCUUUUCAACUAUGAUGAGGCACUUGAGACCCCUAUGCAAUCUCCACCCACAGACUUUACCGACGGCAUACUGUGGAAAAACCCCAUCAUUCCAGACAGGAAAUUUACACGUUUGGAAGAGGAUUUUGAAUCCUCAGCACAAAAAGGAUUUUUCUGUGCUCCUGUUACCAAGCCACACAUCCCGGUUACCAAGGCCAAAGCUACUUCUGUUAUGAGCUCCCUCAUGAUAAAACUCACCCAGGACAACAUCCAGAGAUUUGAACAACAGGCAGGCUUGACUGAUUCGGGGUACACACCUCACAAAGGACUCUCUGCAGUGGAGACCCACUUUCGCCGCAAAGGAGAAAGUUUAACAGGUACCAUAUCUUUGCCGAUGGGGUAUCAAGUAGCCUAUAUCAAUCAGAAGUUGAAGAUGCCUACUGGGGACUUCAAGGAGGACAAGCUUACGACAUCAGCACAAUCCACCCCUUGCGGAACCCCAUCCUGCACCCCCUCCUGCACCCCUUCUGUUACCCCCUCAGUCACACCGAGUGUCAGCCCCUACUCGUCCCCAAAAGUCAAUCGCAGGAGCUGGUUCGGCCUGAGUCCUGCUUUGUCCCUCUCCUCAGCAGAAGCUAGCGGCAUCAGCUCCAGCAGCAUCAGCUCCAGCAGCACCAGCUCCAGCAGCAGUGACAUCAUGGGUGGAAACGAGGGCUCAGGUGGCGGAGAGAGGUGGAGCUUCUUUGGCACUUCGCGUCCCGUUGUGCAGAAGUCCUCCACUGACCCAGGAUCAGACUCCACCACUCCCGGUGGCUUCACCCUCCAGUCCUAUUUUGGAGUUCAGAAGUCCAGUACACUGGACGAGAUGAAGACCGUGGCCAACCUGGACCCUGCCAGCUUCAAACCCCCCAAGAUAGAGAUCUCAGACAUGGGCGGCAAGAAGGAGCUGACUCGUCCUCACAAACUCAAACCCCGGGACAUGAACAUCCUCACGCCAUCUGGCUUCUGACACGAGCAAACAUGCACUCAGCAAUUCAAAGCCUGUAACAUUACACAUUUAGCCCUCGACGUCUCCAAACUCUCACACACUGACCUGUAGUAGGUAGCCGGUCUACCCUUGUUGCCGUCCCUUUCCUACGUGUCACUUGGUGAGAAGACUGAAAAAACAAAUGCACUCUCUUGUAUCGCCAGCCUCCCCUCCCCUCCCCUCCCCUCCCCUCCCUCUCCCUCCCCUCCCCUUAUUGUGUAUGUGCAGGCGGUUUCAUACACCAGUGCCAAAUGUGUCGACUGAAUAAGGCCAUAAUCCCUAGGUCCGAUUAAAGCAAAGGUUAUGGGUCAAUCCCAGUUCCCAAGACUGAGUCUAACAGGGUAUCUUUCUUGUGUGUUUGUUGAGCCCUUUUUGCCAAACAUUUCAGCCGUGGUGACCUGACCUGGUGAGUGUUUGGGUGGCGUGAGAGUCCUCUUCCCCACUUUACCCUCUUGUGUCACUAAAGGUGCAGUUCUUCGCAUCGUCCACUAGAUGUGCAGUUUCUCACAUCGUCCCUGUGAACAUGGGAGUAUACACUUUGCAUCGUCUUUUAUUUUCCAGAGCUCUUUUGAUAGUAACCUAGUGAUUUAAUUCAUAGUUGUUUGGUGAAUUCCUCUUCUGCCCUGAUGUUGAAGUGUGAACUUUAACAUGGUGCCUAAGCAAACACUUAUAUUUCCUUUUCUGAUGCGUAUUUAAGUAUGAAGUAUGAUUUGUUUGACAGGAAUAGUAAUAUUGCUCCAGUGGCUUCGCAAAUGGCUAUGGAUUAAAAGAGUAUAUUAAUCUUGCACGUCAUAUGUUGCAACAUUAAAGUAGUGAGACUUCGCCUGGUGAUUUGUCAUACGAGUAUGCAAGGUCUAAAAGAAUCCAUUGAAAGGGUUAGAAGCACAGCAGAACAGGUGUUUUGUUUCCCUCAUUUUAUACAGCAUUAUUCUUGAAUGAUACAUUUGUCUUUUGCAAUGUGUAUAUUUUUUAUCAUCCUUAAUCUGAGAAAUGUACUGGGAGAACUUGCUACUUCUGAGGCAGUUCCACUGUAAAUAAAAUGACCAUAUCCUAA